GAUUAUUUAAUUUAAAAUUGAAAUUAGAAAACCAAUUAUGGAAACCAACAAAACGUUAUUCCAAAAGCUUGAUUUACAAACUCCCCUACGAAUACCUCUGCGAAUGUUUUACGUCAUGGGUCUAUCAAUAUUUGACGGACGUCAGCACUGUUGCACUACAUUUGAAAAAGUUAAAAGAGCAAAGUUCUGUAUUUUAAAUAUAUUUAUAAUAUUUUUUGUGAUAAUUGCAAUUUCAAUAUAUAACUACGAUCCGCCGUAUGGUGAUAAUUUUGGAAAAUUUAAUGAUAAACUCAAAUUGGGUGUUGUCAUCGCUGCACAUCUAGUGAUACUAUGUGAAUCUGUGAUAGCCGGUGGAUAUACGAAUGGUUUUUUUCAAAUUUAUUCGAAAAUCCAUCUAAAAUCGUCCACAGACCAUCAUUGGAAGUCUGAAAUGAAGCUAUAUUGGAAAUUAUUUUCAUAUUUAGGAGGUUCAAUUGCCUUUAUUCUAUCGGUGGAGAUAACCUAUUUAAUGCAGGUUCUCGAUAAGGAUGAUUGGUUGGUUUAUUUUACUUCUUAUACGCCAUGUGUGUUUAUAUGUCGCUGCCGUCUAUUACAAUUUAUAUUGUCUUUGGAGCUUAUUAGGGUGGAACUGGAACAACUGAAUCGUGAACUUCUACAAUCAGCCAAGGGCACCGGCAAGGUACAAAUGAAAUUUUAUGAGAAAUUUAUUUGCAACGUUUUACCACAGUGGAUGAAGCGAUACGAAGACAUUUUUGAAAUGAGUCAUUCGCUCUCGAAAUCAAUGCCCAUCUCUCCGUUGGUAGUGUUCAUAGCAGCCUAUAUCAAAAUUCUGUCAGACUGCUAUUGGGCGUAUUGGGUGAAUUAUGCAAAAUUUAAAAUAAAUGAAAUAUUCGAAUGCUCGCUGCUUUUACCUUCAGUAUUGAAUAUACUUCUAGUGCUUGUCGUUUCAAAAAACUGCAUGCGAACGGCAAAAUUGAUACCACAAUCCCUACACAGUAUCCGUCACAGUGUUGGAAAUUUAUGUUUGUCGCGUAAGGUUAUAAUAGAUAACAAAUUUAUAAAAGCGCUUAUUUUGAGAUUGGUCUGUAGGGCGUUUAAUCUCAUUAUACAUAAAUAUGAACCGAUAUAGUCCAUCUGCGGACUUCUCCAUGAUAUGGUGGAAGGUAUAUAAAAUGUGAAACUUGUCAAAAUAUUGCGGACUAUUGGGUUGAAAAAUGUUACAAGAACCAUAGACAUACUGAACAUCGGGAGUUAUUUUCAUAUGGCGAUUAUACCAUUGGAUUCUUGUUCUAUGAAAAUAUAAAAUGAAAAGUAUCUCCUUUAUAUAUAAAUAUAUUUUUCAUUUGACAUUUCUAUCUUUUGUAAAAGUUUUCAUUUCAAAUU